AGGGCUCGUUGCGGUGAAAGCAGAGACCACCGUAUCGGGAUAAAAACAUGUAGUACUGCACAAUUUUGUUCCCUCUCUCUCUCUCUCUUCCCCCAUUUACCGCUCCCAGGCUUGCCAGACACUUUGCUAACCGCGUCCGUCUCCAAGCACCCUCAUCACAGAAGAUGGCCAUUAUUUUUAAAUAAAGGGAGAAAGAGUAGCAGAACAACUUACUUGUCGAUUAAUCCCUCAAGCCGCCAAUGGGCUAAUUCAUUAGCUCAUCCUAUCCACCUCCUAAACCAAACCUAGCAUCUACCUAUAUAUCAAUUCGGAUCUUAGCAGCAACUUGUCUGAGCGGAUGAAACUACGGAGAUUUCUGGAGAACCUCAUGAAGACCUUCUUUCGUCGUCGUAGCAGAGAGGCAAAAGAGGAAGAGGACUUGGAGACGAUCGCCGCCAGGGAACAAAAGGUGUUCAAGUACGAGACGCUGGUGGCUGCCACCCAUAAUUUCAACCCCAAGCAGAGGCUCGGACAGGGCGGAUUCGGACCGGUUUUUAAGGGGAGGUUGGAGGAUGGGAGAGACGUGGCGGUGAAGAGGCUGGAUCGGGGGUCGAGGCAGGGGGGAAAGGAGUUCACGAACGAGGCGAUGCUGCUGUCGCGGGUGCAGCACCGGAACGUGGUCAAUCUCUACGGCUACUGCGCCCACGCCGAGGAGAGGCUCCUCGUCUACGAGUACGUCCCCAACGAGAGCCUCGACAAGCUCCUCUUCUCCCACCGAGGAGGAGAUGAGUCGGAGGCUGGCCGGCGGCGGGCGGUGCAGAUGGACUGGAAGCGGCGGUAUGAGGUGAUCGUAGGGGUGGCGCGGGGGCUGCUGUACCUGCACGAGGACGCGCACACACCCAUCAUCCACAGGGACAUCAAGGCCAGCAACAUCCUGCUGGACGACCGGUGGGUCCCCAAGAUCGCCGACUUCGGCAUGGCCCGCCUCUUCGCGGAGGACCUCACCCACGUCAACACCCGCGUCGCCGGCACCAACGGCUACAUGGCGCCUGAGUACGUCAUGCAUGGCUCCCUCUCCACCAAGGCCGACGUCUUCAGCUUUGGCGUCGUCGUCCUCGAGCUCAUCUCUGGGCAGAAGAAUUCCUCCUUCGUCCCCAACCAGGAAGCUCAGAGCCUUCUGGAAUGGGCAUGGAAGCUCUUCAAGAAGGGGAAGAGUCUGGAGAUGAUGGAUCCUACCCUGAGAUCCACAGCAGUUCCAGAGCAAGUUGCGAUGUGUGUGCACAUAGGGCUCCUUUGCACUCAGUCUGACCCCAAGCUGAGGCCUGACAUGAAGAGGGUGGUGGUGAUUCUGUCAAAAAAGCCAAGCACACUGGAAGAGCCCAUCAGGCCUGGCAUCCUUGGGUCCAGAUACCGGAGAAGACCUUAUGGACCCCGUGGUUCCAGCUACUCUUUGGGUGAAUCCUCAUCAGGCAUGACCUCUGCCUCCAAUGUUAGUUCUACGUAUCCCUCCACUUCCAACGCAAAUAACACAGCUACCACCUCAACUGCCACCACUGCAAGAAGCCAGACGCCACGUUCAUAUCAAGAACACUCCUCUGUACAACACUAGCAUCAUGCUUAUUUUUAAUUCUUUCUUGUAUUAUAUUGGUAAGUUGUAAUUUUUUUUUUUAAUUGUCUAGUUUUGCAUGUCAAAUUUUUUAUCGACAUUGCUUGGAUGGAGUCUAGAUUUUUUCUUUUUCGGGUACAAAUGGAGUUUAGAAGAAGAUGCGGUAAGUGAGUGUUCUUUUUCUUAAGAAAGAUAUUGAUGUGAAAAUUUCCCUUGGGAGGUUUGACAUGGGAAGUUAGGCAUCUGUUGAUUGUAGCUCUCCAUGAAGGCUAUCCUCCAUACUUGUAUUCUUCAUUUCCAUUUACUCUUCAGACGAUGUAAACAGGUGAUGAGGAACACAGUGAAGGAUAUCAGUGUAUCAGCUCAUGCUGUUCAAUUCUUCGUUUGUCCACUUAAUUUUGGGGUGUUGCAAGGAAUUUAUUUGUAGU